GCUGGCGUAGAGCACAUGCUUGUGGUGGGCUGUUUGUCUGCGCAAAGCUGGCAUGGCCUUCCCCGUUCCCCCUGCAUCUGUUCUCCAUUAGAGGAGCCGAGAGUAUAAAGCAGGGAGCUGACAAGGGCUGGAAGUUAGUCUAGUUCCUGCCUGCCUGGAUCAUGGGGUUUAGUGUCUGGCUGUGUGUGCUGUGCCUUCAGGCGAGCCUGCUGUCGCACGCCCUGGACUGCUCAGAGGGAAGCCAGGGAGAGCUGUGUGCCACUGGACAGACCGCAGACAGACAGAAUGAUGAGAAAAUACAGCAGAGAGGGCUUCACUCACCUGAGCAGCUGGAUUUGUUCAGACGUAAGAGGCAGCUGGAGCGGAGGGGCCCCACCCACGUGAGUCACCCCGGCAUACCAGGAGCCGUCUCUGUUAAGGGUUUCCCUAACACUCUCAUCCAGGCUGAUAGGUCGAGGAGACACUUGAGUCAAGCUGCGAUUAAGAAGAAGAGCAGGCGUAAACACCGCACAGGCUCCUUCUCGCUCCUUAGCAACGACAAGACAGCCAACCCCCUACAGGUGACCAGAGUGAGGAGACAGGUGAAGCUUGAUCCACCCAAGAGAGGGAAGUCAGGUCGGUCUGGAGCGUUCUCGGUCCUGGGGGAUCCUAUGGUUGACGGACAGGGUGACAGGCCUGAAGGGAGCAUGUAAGACGUCAAAGUGCUGCAGGAUGAGAAUAAUAAUCAUAAGAAAGGACAUGCACAGUAUAUCUAAAUAGGAAACUUAAAAGCAUUGUAACAGAGGAAGGCUGUAGAAAUCUAACUUUCACAUUAAAAACCUAACUGUGUUUAUUUAGUGUUUUAUCGGGUAGUUUCUAAGUAUUAUAUUAUCAGAAAGCUGGCUUGCAUUAAUCUGAGCUACUCUAAAGUACGUUCAGUUUUACUCUGUGUCUGCAUGUUAUAAUAAGAGAUCAUGUGUUAAUAUUUUACUUUACCAUUUUGCUGUAACCAACUUAAUCGCAUCUAAAUGUUUGGAGUAUAUUUUUGCACAAUUAUAUAAGGGUUUCAAAAAACCUUUAAUAGAGUUAUAAUUAAUAUGUUUUUAAUAAUUAAACAUUUUCUACUCUUUUAUAAAGGACA